UUCGUUGUUAUCAAUCGUCUCUGAUCACUCGAUUUCAUCUGCGUUGAUUGAAUUUCAUGUAUUAUAUUGUUAUAAUUGCUUCUUUGUUUUAUUUCAACUAAUUCUCAGUCAUCAUUUUGAUCGCCGUUGUAAACUCAGGAGCUACACAUGGGUACCAUAUUAAAAGCAAGCUUGCUCUUGUCAUUCCUGUUGUUUCUUGUCUCACCUCCUGCAUAUUCAACUUCUAAUGGUGGAUUGGUUAGAAUUGGACUCAAAAAGAGAAAAAUCAACCAAUUAAACCAACAUGAUGCAUCAAAUGAAGAGGAUUCUAGAAGAAACUUUGGUCUCCAUGGCAACUUCAGGGAUUCAGACACUGAUAUAAUUUCUCUAAAAAACUAUAUGGAUGCUCAGUAUUAUGGUGAAAUUGGUAUUGGCACUCCACCUCAAAAGUUCACUGUCAUUUUUGACACUGGAAGUUCUAAUCUUUGGGUGCCUUCUACAAAGUGCUACUUCUCAGUUGCUUGUCUUUUCCACUCAAAAUAUAAGUCUAGCCAAUCAAGUACCUAUAAGAAAAAUGGGAAAUCUGCUGCAAUUCGAUAUGGAACUGGUGCUAUCUCUGGUUUCUUUAGCCAAGAUUCUAUAAGACUUGGUGAUUUUUCUAUCAAGGAACAGGAUUUCAUAGAAGCAACCAAAGAGCCUGGUAUCACUUUUGUUGCAGCAAAGUUUGAUGGUAUUCUUGGCCUUGGGUUUCAAGAAAUCUCUGUUGGGGGUGCUCUUCCUGUUUGGUACAACAUGGUUGACCAAGGUCUUGUUCAUGAACCUGUGUUUUCAUUUUGGCUUAAUCGAAAUACUAAAGAUAAUGAAGGAGGUGAACUUGUGUUUGGUGGUGUUGAUACUAAUCAUUUCAGAGGUGAACACAUUUAUGUCCCUGUCACUCAAAAAGGCUACUGGCAGUUUGAAAUGAAUGAUGUAUUCAUUGGUAACGAACCAACUGGAUUUUGCACCAAUGGUUGUGCAGCAAUUGUUGAUUCUGGAACCUCUUUGUUGGCUGGUCCAACGGCUGUUGUUACUCAAAUCAAUCAAGCUAUUGGUGCUCAUGGAUUAAUGAGCCAAGAAUGCAAGACUUUAGUCGAGCAAUAUGGAAAGUCUAUAAUUGAUAUGCUCUUAUCCGAGGCAAAACCUGAAAAAAUAUGCUCCCAAAUGAAGUUAUGCAUGUUUGAAGGCUCUCAUGAAACUAGUAUAAUAAUUGAAAGUGUGGUUGAUAAAGAUAAUGGAAAAUCUUCUGGUGUAAACGAUGAAAUGUGUACUUUCUGUGAAAUGGUGGUUUUUUGGAUGCAAAAGGAGCUCAAGAAAAACAAGACCGAGGAUUCCAUAAUUAAUUAUGCCGACAAGCUGUGUGAGAAUUUGCCAAGUCCGGGGGGACAAUCUACAGUUGACUGUAAAGGUCUUUCUUCCAUGCCGAAUAUUGCUUUUACUAUUGGUGGUAAAACUUUUCAACUCUCUCCUCAACAGUAUGUUUUGAAAUUUGGUGAGGGAGCAAAAACACAAUGCAUCAGUGGAUUUAGUGCUCUAGAUGUGCCACCUCCUCGUGGACCUCUAUGGAUUUUGGGAGAUGUAUUUAUGGGUAAGUACCAUACGGUAUUCGAUUAUGGUAAUUUACAAGUUGGAUUUGCUGAAGCAGCUUAAGACUACUUGUUUUCUAUUAAGUGUUGAAAUAAAUGUAUUAUAAAUAUUAUAUAAUUGUGAAGUUUGUUGGAAUUGUGUUAGUUGUGGAACAGUUAACAUGGUUUAAAAUUGUAUUUAUUAAUGUCACGUAGUCUUUAUAUGCUCAAUAGAGCUCUUUUAUA